AUGGAUAAAGGAAACCAAACAGAGACAAAUGGUGAAAUACCAGGAACUGUACCUGUUAUUGACAAUGAAACAUAUGAGGAUUUACAUUCUCAAGACCAGAACAAGACAAGAAAACGAAAACGCAAUACCAGACGCUGGAAGUCAGCUCAAGCCAAAGAAAAGCGCAAUUCUGGGAUGUCAUACACAAAUGCUAAAGGAAAUCAAGUAGCUAGUAGAAGUAGUAAGUCACCUUGUAAUGCAGAAAAAUGUAGAUUAAAGUGUACUACUAAGGUUACCCACGAUGAUAGAAAAGAUAUUUUUAAUAAUUACUGGGGCAUGUGUGAUAUUAAUCGCCAAAGAGAAUUUAUUGUAAGGCAUGUAACAAUAAUUGAGCCAAGUAUAGCUAUUGCCAAAAACCUAUCUGUUGGAGUUCUUGAAAAGGAUAAACGGGGGAAACAUAAAAAUCACCCAGUUAUUCCUGCUGCUGUUUUACAAAAAAUAAAAGACCACAUCAAUAGUUUCCCUCGCAUUCCAUCCCAUUAUUUAAGAGCUCAAACAGACAUGGAAUACCUUGAAGGCCAAAUUACAAUAGCAGAAAUGCAUAGAAUGUUUGUGCAACAGUUUAAUGACACUAGUACUCAAAAAGUAACUUAUGCUCUUUAUGCUCAUGUUUUUAGUAAUAAUUUUAAUAUAGGAUUCUUUAAACCAAAAAAGGAUUUAUGUGUAAAGUGUGAAACAUUUAAAAAUACUAGUCCUGAUGAACAAGGAGGACUAAAAAUUGAACUUGACAAACACCUAAGAAACAAAGAAUUAUCUCGGAAGCAAAAACUACUUGGUGCCGCUGAAGCAAAAAAAGGAAAUUGUGUUUGUGCUUGUUUCGAUUUGCAAGCUGUGAUGCAAACACCACAUGGUGAUGCUUCCCUAUUUUAUUAUAAAAGAAAAUUCCAAAAAAAAAAUAGAUAA